GCAAGCUCCUUUGACGAAGUCUGAGGAUGUUCUGGAGAAGGACUCAGCAGGUCCGAAGCCUCCAGUCUCAGCUGUACCUGAUAAAGAAGCCGUGGCACGUGAAACAUUCCUGCCACCUUCUGCUACAGAUCUGAGCACUGACAAAUGUGAAGUCAAGGACGUUGGUGUCCAGACGGAGGUUUCGUGCCCUCCCAACUCGCUGCUGUUUUUCUGCACAAAAAAGGUGACCUUCAAUGAUGAGCCGCUCUGUCCUGAAGUCCCUGAGAGAGGUGAGCCAGUUUCCAGGCCGUCUACCCCAGCAGGUCAUGGUGGGAGCCAGGGGGCUACGUUGGACACAGAGUAUGGAUACCGCUCAACGUCUCUGACCUCCUGCACAAACAUCCUCUCCCAAUGAGAGCUGGACUGCCUCAGAUUGCCUAACCUGAAGCAUACAUGCUACAUGGGCCCUGCUCUGCAAACUCUCCUCACACUGAGAGUCUUUACUGAGGAGCUCUGCAGCCAGCUGCAGCUGUGGAGGUUUCACCCAGAGUGCCUGCACAUCAGUCAGUUUGUGGACAUCAAAUUGAGCCGCUUCAACAACGACAGCUGGCACAAAAGCUCUGUCCUGACUGCCUUUAAAGACACGGUUGCUGCGUCUCAUCCAGAGUUUGAUGAUGAUGAUCAGAAAGAUGCCCACGAGUUCCUCGUCUGUGCUCUGGACGUGCUCCAGUGUGAGUUCUCUAAGCUGCAGGCAGAAGCAGCUGCCUUGGACAAACCUUCCAUCUGUCCAGUUAGAGCUCACAUUGGCUUCACGAUUUUGAGCAAAGAGCUGCAAAAAAUGUGGUGUGCAGUUCUUUGGGCGGGAGGACUAACUCCACCUCUCCUUGGACCUGGUACAUCGAGGCUCAGUGAGCCAGUGCCUGGACUCAUACCUGAAAGGUGGCCUGUUGGACUAUGAGUGCCAGUGCGGAGCCAAGAAGAUGAAAGAGGAGCUGUCUUUCUUGAACCUGCCCAAUGUGCUGAUCCUCCAGCUGAAGCGAUUUACAUUCACUCCAUCCUUCACAGUGGCGAAGAAGAACAGUGCCAUCGUUCUGACGCAGCAGCUGGUGAUCAGCAAGGACUCAACCUUUAGUGAAGAGGAAACCGCUCACUAGUCGUUGGUCAGCGUGAUCAGCCAUUUGGGCUCCUCAGCUUACAGUGCACCAAAAAAGGCUGCAGAGUCUGGACUCAGGGUCGAGUUUCAUCCUGCAAAACAAAAAUGAAGUUCUACAGAAGUCUAAUGAUAAAUUUCACUUCAAGGGAUCUUGGAUUAAAAGAAUGAAACUCAGUAGAUAAUGGCAACAUAGUUACACCAGUUUCCAAAAAUGACAAGUCCUAUCAGAUAUUUAGAUAUUUAUCUAGUGUAGUGUCAAAAGUCGUAAGUAAACAGUUUGGCAUAUGUAGAAAUUGGCUUCAAUGUUUCACUCAGUCCAAUAUCUACCUAAUUUAUUUUGACCCUGUAUUUUAGUAUUUGACACGAACAGCAACUGUGCCAUGUGUUCGUUUCCAACGCCACCAGGAUCAGGACCUUCGAUGACAAAUCAGGUAAUCUGAAGGAAAAAAAUGAGUCUUAUCCCUGACGAGCAAGUGGCAGUCGCCCCAUCAACAUACAUUCCAUUGACAAUUUUAGCUGUCUGUUUUCAUUGCAUAGUGUUACUGUUAGUAUAUUGGAAAUUAAAGAGCAUUCUAGUUAAUGGAGUUUAUCCAUUUAGAAAGUGUGGGGAAUCAGAAAAAAAAAAACUGGCUUCCAGUCAGCAAGAGGUGGAAGGACAAACUGGAGAAACUUGUUGGCUCAGAUGACAGUAAAAUAUCCAGAAUCAGAAGCAUUAUUUAUGUGAAUGAUGCAGAAUUCAGAAUAGCGAAGGGAAGCGAUGGCACUGAAGUCUUCUUGGGGCUGAGAGAGGACGGCACAGAAGUUGCCAUUAAGAGAAUGUCUAAAAGCAACUAUGAAGAGCUGAAGAAUGAAGAAGGAAUCCUACGACUCCCUGAACUCGAUCAUCCUUAUAUCGUACGAUAUGUUGAUUUUCAGGAGGACGAGAACUUUGGAUAUCUUUGUCUGCAACUUUGUGAAUACACAUUGGAAGAAUAUAUCAGGAACAAUGACCAUGGCCCACAGAUGUUAAAGAAACUUAUCAAACAAGUUCUUAAAAGUCUAAAGGUGCUUCACUGUGGAAAUCCUAAAAUUCUUCAUCGAGAUCUCAAACCCCAGAACGUUUUGAUUGAUGUUACUGGGAGGGCAAGAUUAGCUGAUUUUGGCAUAAGCAGACGCUUACUCAAAGGCCAAACAACUUUACGUACACGCAGUGCAGGAACCAGAUGCUGGAUGGCCCGAGAGACUUUAGCAGAAGAACCUGUCAUAUCAUACAAGUCAAGCACUGACAUCCAGGUGGCAGGCAUGCUGAUCUAUUAUAUCCUGUCUGGAGGCCACCAUCCAUUUGGUGACAUAUCCUUUAAAUGUGAGUCCAACAUUUAUGAUGGGAAGUACAGUUUGGAUCAUGUUCAAGAUGUGGUGGCAAAGGAUCUGAUCGAGUGGAUGAUCAACAAAGAGCCAAAGGAAAGACCCAAAGUAGAAGAAUGCUUAAACCAUCCCUUCUUCUGGACGUCUGAAAAGAAAACUGAAUACUUGAGAAAGAUCGGUAACAGGAAAGAGGUUGCAAACUAUCGAAAGGCUGGCCAGGAGCUGAUUGAUUCCCUAGAAAAAUGUGCUAUGGACGGAUCCUUUAAGCAGUGGAAAAAUAAGUUUCCAGAAGUGAUGGUUCAGAAUUUGGAAAGUAAAAAGCCCUACACUGAAAACACACUGGGAUUACUGCGCUUCAUACGCAAUCUCCAUGAGCAUUAUGCCAAGGAAGCAGCCCAAAAUGAUGUUCUGGCAUUGUUUCCUGAUCUCUUUGGGUGUGUUUACACAUUUACAAAGAACCAAGGCUGGAAUUCAGAGACACCGUUGAGGGAAAUGUUUCAAAGAAAAGCUGAACUUCUCACCUUGGUAAGAUAGGUAGCAAAUAGAAUUCUAGUUUUUACUCUUAAGACACUUUAUUCAUACAAAUUUGUUUCUACACUAAUACAACAUUAUAUUUUUAUUCAGUUAGCCUUCAGGUUUAAUGUUACAUUAUGUGAGGGGGGAAAAAUUAAGCAAGAGAUACUGAGACAUUUUGUUGAUUUCUUCAACAAAUACAAAGGUAAAAAAAAAUCUGUUUUUUUCACUAUUAUAGUUUUAAAGACUUCCAUUUCUGAUCGUGGCCUUUCACAGAUUGUAAACAGAAUAAAUACGUUGGACAUGCAUUUUGUUUUGUGAAAAUUACCUCGGGCCUAUGACAGAUUCAAACUGUACAAACAUGUAUGUUGAAUAGAAUUUGAGCAAAUUUUUGUAUUUAAUAUUAAGAGCUACAAAAGGACUUAGCAAAUAUUAGGAUUUUGAGAUUCAAACUAUGCAGUUUUUUUCAAGUGAACGGUAUUGUAAAUUUGCAAAAACAUGGUUUUCUGAUUACCGUUAAAUGUUUUCACCACAAUACAAAGUGAGAAGUGAAGCCUAGUUGUUGUUGUUUUGUUUUAAUUUUGCACUUGUCUCUGAACUAAAAUAUCAAAAUUAUAUAAAUGAUAAAGUAAAUUUUCAGUGUAAUUCGAUUUUAAAUUCAGCUCCAGUAUUUGUUUCAUAAUUAAUUCUAAAUUCUAACAUGUUACAUUUCAUUCUUAGAUUUACAUAAUUUGUCUCAUUUUAAGGGGAUUAUUACUUUCUUCAAUAUUGUAUUUUAUAUGCUGAUUGUUUUUCUGUUUGUUUCACAUCUGUUGUCAGUGU